AUGCCGGAGCCGGCAACGUGCCUUGUGAGUACCAUGCAAGUCUGCACCACCAGCGUGUGCGUGGGGACCGGGGGAUGGGCGAGAUGCCACCGCCGCGUGCUCUGGGGAGGUACCAUGUACCAACUGGUCCUGCACUCGUUGAAUGUGGGCCGGGGCGUAUUGUAUGCAAACGCAGAUCGGGCGCCUGAGGCUGCCCCAAGCAUUCCACAAUUCGGGGAUGGUGUUGUCCAGAUCGGUUCGAACAGCCACGGCCUGGGGGGCGUCGCUCUGAUCCGGCCAGCCUCGCAGCCCACGGGCCUGGAGCACAGUAGGAAUAUGCCGUCCCCCACAUGCCAUGCAGCACACUUGCGCCGACCCAGGCUCAACCGGGAUGAGAAGUGA